UUGCCCUUUUUAUGCUUUUUGUCACUUUCAGGUAAAAAAAUAUUGCUUUUAAAUUCACAAUUUUCAACGUAUUACUUUAAAAACCUGUACUACAACUCAUCAAAAAGCCCCCAUAACCUGCUCAGUUGAUGAGGUAUGAAGUGGUUUGUCUGUGGUAGGCAGAUAAUUGUGUUUCACUUCUGUUCGCGUGGCUUUCUGUCUCAGGAACCCACUGCUGAAACAGUUCCAUUCGCACUCAUCACACAAGAUGAACCUGCCCUUGUUUCUGCUUCUGCUCUCUUACGGACACAUACAAGCAACUUAUGGUGAUGUAAAACCAUCCUCCAUCUUCACGCUCACUGUCCAGCCAAAAGAAAGCAUCGCUCUGACCUGCGACAUCACUGACAAGUACGAGGUGGCCUGGUAUCAUCUGAGCUCCACAUUAGAGGAGCUAACACUGCUGAUCUUCGCUGAGAAAACUCGCACUCGAAAAAGUCUCCCGUUCUCCUACAAUAAAAAUGAGAGUCGUUUCGUCCUGACCGCAGACAGCGAGAUCACCGUGGCCAACCUUACGAUCGUCAAGGUGGAUAAGGAUGACCUGGGGCUCUACUUCUGUGGGACUACAGCUGAGUGGUCACAGAUGCGCUUCGCCAGAGCAAUCAGACUACAGUUUAAAGAUACAGACCAUCCUUCAAGCCCAAAGCCGAAGACAGAGGGAGAGAAUGCAGGUGAAGAGAGUUUGGUGGAGAGGGUGCUGAUGCUGGGUGGAGUUGGUGUGGUUGGUCUGGUCUUUCUCGUGGCUACAGUAGCUGCAGGAACAGUGAUCCACAAACGAGCCUGGCAGUCGGGCUGGGCAUCAGGAAGAGACUCCUACCGGCGUUGCUCUGAAAAGAGGUGAAGAAUUGAGUCGUGUUGUGCCAACUCACGCCCUAAAGAGCAUACCACGCAAUAAAUGACCCUGUCGUGGAAAUUUAUUAAUAAAACAAGUUUAUUUACAGUGUAUUCCUGUUAUUAGUGAUGCAUUUUACCCAGUUAGUGUUUCAGCUCAGUUCAGUCAUUCGAGAGGCUGUUAAACUCAGUAUUUAACCCCUUAAAAUCUCAGGCUUAUUACAUAUCAUUAUCAUAAUCGAGAUCACUGA